AUGACUCUGCUGACCGGAGAGGGCUCUGAAUAUGAUUUCAGCGCUGUGAGCUGUGCCUCCGACCCACCGCCUUUACAUGAGCUUGAGCCACAGAAGGGACUGUUCUACAGGAGGGCGUGGCCAGCUCCACAGAUCUGCUCAGAUACACAUCUGUCCAGUGCUCGCCGCCUCUAUGCCAUCAUAAACGUGGGUGGUCUUCGUUACCAGUUGCCAUGGACCACUCUAGAGGACUUCCCUCUGUCCCGCCUGGGCCAGCUCUGUCUCUGCAGCAGCUUCGACGACAUCAUGGAGAUCUGCGACGACUACGACGUUACACACAACGAAUUCUUCUUUGACCGCAGCCCAUGUGCCUUUAGAACCAUCCUGGCGUUUCUGCGUGCAGGAAAACUGCGUGCGGUGCGGGAAAUGUGUGCCCUGUCUUUUAGAGACGAGCUGCUCUACUGGGGCGUCCCAGAGGAAGGCCUGGAGUGGUGCUGCAAGCGAAGAUUGGUGCAGCGCAUGGAGGAGUUUGAGGCUGUGGAGCGGGCAGAGGAGGAGGAGCAGGAAGAGAUGAUGGACUCGGAGAGCAGAGAGGCCCCAGCUGACUCCAGACUGAGCCGGUGUAUGGUCCAGCUGCGGGACAUGGUUGAGCGGCCACAUUCAGGGCUCCCAGGGAAGAUCUUUGCUUGUUUGUCUGUGCUGUUUGUAACCAUCACAACUGUAACGCUGUCAGUGAGCACCAUGCCAGCGCUGAGACAGGAGGAGGAGGAGGGCACGUGUUCGCGGCGCUGUUAUGACAUCUUCAUUGUGGAGUCAGUCUGCGUGGCCUGGUUCUCUCUGGAGUUCUCUCUGCGAUUCAUUCAGGAUCGCAGUAAACUGUCUUUCCUCCGACAGCCGCUCAACCUCAUCGACACUGCAUGA